GAAUAACAAGUUACAACGAUCGAGGAAAAAUCGUUGGCAUUUGUCGAAGACGACGACGCAUCGUGUACGAUCGGAGAACGCGGGCGAACGAACGAACGAACGAACGAUCUUUCUGUAAAAGAGAAGGAGAAGACUAGAAGUAGUAGGGAUACUUGGUUAAGGGGGGAGAGAGAGAGGUAUAGGAAAAUGGAGGACGAGUGGGAAGAGAGGGUGCAGCCCGGGUGGCGGCGCUAGCGUAAGAUGGCCGAAUAGCGGUACGGCGGAUAGCAGACGGGCGACCUCUUCGUUCGGCGCUUUACUUCGGUGCUACAUUCGGCUGGUGGUGCGUUCGUUCGUUCGGUUUCGCCGCCGCCACCGCUACCACCGUUGCUGUCGCACGAGUUCGUUUCGGCUCGGCUUUACUCGGCGCUUCAGUUCGUGUCCUCUCGCUGCGCACGACGGACGUGUCUUUCGGUGAUCGCGCAGAGAACGUAUGUUCAUAUAUAUGAUAUAGGGACAUACAUAAUACACAUAUAUAUAUAUAGACUGCACUCUCUCGGACUACUACCACCAACGAGUAUUUUUCUUGUUAAAUACAGAGAAAAAGAGAGAGAGAGAGAGAAAAAAUAGUAUAAGUCAAAAAUAUAGAGACGACACGGAAGAGAAAGAAAAAAUAAUUAAAAGAUAUAGACACAGCAGUGCAAUUGUGUAUAAGCGAGGUUACUAUAUCACGGUGAAGUAAGGUAGUGUCUCGUUGUUAAAAAUAAAAAAAUAAAAGGUGAAAAAAGAAAGUAGACGAAGAGAAAGGAAAGGAAAAGGCCUUUGGUUUUUCGUCGGAACUUGGCUUCCUAUUGUAGGCGUCCUUUUUUUGUGAAACUGUGAACGAUGAUCCUGUGUGAAAGUGAACGAAGGUGAAGAUUCAAGUGCGCGAUUCUAAAAGGGUGCCGAUCUCUCGCGCGUGUCCACCUUUCUAUCUCUAUCUAUCGCUAUCUCUUCCUACCACCCUCCCCCACCACCCUCAUUCUCUCGCGUUAACCGCGAGUGCCGCGAGUUAAAAUGGCGUUCGGCUUCGUCCGCAAGAGCGCUUUUCCGUACAGCAUCGCUUCAAAGCAAUCUUCUUGUGGCUGGUCAUCGUCAUCGUUAUCGUUAUCAUCAUCAUCAUCAUCGUCAUCAUCAUCGUCGUCAUCAUCAUCAUCAUCAUCAUCGUUAUUAUCAUCGUCAUUGUCAUCCUCGUAAUCGUUGCAGUUGUUUUUAACGUUGUGCCGCGUUCUCUCUUUGAACAGCUCGCGUUUUUUCCAAUCCUUAGCGAGUGUAAAGAAGGAGAAGAAGAAAAAGAAGACGGAGAGAAACCUUUCUCCUCGACUCGUCCUUUCGCUCUCCGCGCGCCACCACAUCCCGCGUCCGUCCUGCACCUUCUCUCUCUCCUCUUCAUUCUACUCUUCUCUCUUUCUCUCUUCUUUUUCCUCUCCUCUCCUCUCCUUUCCUCUCUUCUCUUCUCUUCUCUCCUCUUCUCCAGGCCGCGCGCCCCGUCGGAGCCAGCCGGCUCGGGCGGCAUUCCGCGAAUCGCGAACCCGACCGCCUGUCCUCGCGGCAGCCCGAGAAAACGACUUUGCUUCGUAUAUACGUUCCUCCGCUCCUUCGAACUCACCGUAGACGACUAGCCCCUUCUCGUGCUUUUUCCAUCGUUUUUUCCAACCCAUCCAUACAACGGAAUAUCCACGACGACGCUACCUUUGGAUCUACGGGGACGAGUCACAUCUCUCGCAUCUUUCUCUUACAGGAGAGACGAUAUAUAUCGUUAGCUAGCGUCUGAACGUCUUUAUCGGCUGAUGUAACAAAUACAAAAAAAAAAAUAUAUCUAGUAGUCACGGUGAUGAUGUCUUGUUGACAAAAAGAAAGAAAGAAAAGAAAAUAGAACAUUAAAAAAAAGAAGAAAUCAAAAAAAAAAAGAAGGAGGUGUGAUCGGUGAGGCAAUAGAUAGAUGCACCAAAGGGAAAAGGGAAAAAACGGAGUUGGAGGUCCCCUGGCAGAGCAAAGGCAGCAUCGUUUUCUUUGUCGUUGUCGUCGUCGAAGUGUUGGUUCCGGUAGUAGUUAUCGGUAGUUCUGGUGCUGGUGCUGUUGGUGGUGGUGCCGAGUAAGAAGAAGGAAGGACGUCGUCGUCUUUGAAGGAACGACCUGGAGCGACGGGAGGAAGAGGAGGUGGAGGUGGUGGAGGUGGAGGAGGAGGAGACCACGUCCCUCCCUCCUGGAACCGGAGGAGGCAUGAGGAGGAGAGAACGGAGGAGGCUCUGAGGCUCGCAGCUGAAGACAAGGAUGGCUUCGUUCUUCACCGCGAGCACUCUCGCGGCCGUACUCCGCCCUUUGCUCGCGCUUCUGCUAGCGCUUCUGCUCGCCUGCCCGCGAGCUAUACAUGCGGAACAAGUCGUUCUCCUGGACACAACGGCGGAGGCGAAGCUCGAGUGGACGAGGUAUCCCUAUGGACCGCAAGCAAGCACUCCUGGUUGGGUGGAAGAGUCGUUCACAAACUUCGACAAGGGCAUCAAUUGGCGGAGUUACGUCGUCUGCGACGUCGCUUACAACAACGUGAACAAUUGGCUCUGGACACCGUUUAUCGAGAGGGGUCCGGCGAAUCGCAUGUACAUAGAAAUCAAAUUCACGACACGAGACUGCUCGUUGUUCCCUGGACAUGCUCUUAGCUGCAAGGAGACUUUCAGUCUUCUCUACUAUGAGUUUGACGCCGCUACGAAAGAGCCACCUCCAUGGGAGCCGGAGAGUUAUAAACUCAUCGGACGCAUAGCAGCUGGCGAGGGUAGAUUCAACACAAAUACGGAAGUGGUGAUUAACACUGAAAUAAAAUCCGUACCAGUGACGAAAAAAGGCAUAUAUUUUGCUUUUCGUGAUCAAGGUGCCUGCAUCUCACUUCUUGCUAUAAAGGUUUAUUACAUAAGUUGUCCGGAGAUUUCGGUGAACUUUGCUCAUUAUCCGGCGACACCGACCGGCCGCGAAGUUGCCGUGGUCGAACAAACAAUCGGCACCUGCGUAGAAAAUGCCAUUAAAAUCGAAACACCGACGUUCCUCUGCAAGGGUGAUGGUAAAUGGUAUCUACCAAGUGGUGGAUGUCAUUGCAAACCUGGCUACCAAGCGGAUGUUGAACAACAGCAAUGCAUUCAGUGCCCGAUCGGUAGAUUUAAGCACGAGGCUGGACCUCACAGCUGCGAGGAGUGUCCCAAUCAUAGUAAAUCCACCGAGUACGCUAUCACCGAGUGUCGGUGUGAUACCGAUUAUUACAGAGCCGUGGACGAUCCCAAGAUUAUGCCCUGUACACAACCACCGUCGGCGCCUCAGAACCUAACCGUCAAUUUCGUGGACCAAUCGACGGUGAUUCUUUCGUGGAAUGCACCGCACAAACUUGGUGGUAGAACCGACACAACUUAUAGAGUCGUUUGCGAUGCAUGCAGUAUGGGUGUUAAAUACAUACCCAACACGGAGAUUUUCAACGAUACGAAGAUCACGAUUACAGGCCUAAAUGCCGUAACGACUUACCGUUUCCAAGUGUUCGCCGAAAAUGGAGUGUCUGCUCAAGCUGGAAAGUCGGAAUACGUGGACAUCACGGUCACUACAGAAGCGAGCGUACCAAGUUUAGUGAGCAAUGUUAGAAUCACGAGCGUCAAAAGUUCUGAACUGAGCAUUAGUUGGGAUGCACCGGUUACAGAAGUAGGUGGAGACAGCGAUCACGUCGAAAGAUACGAAGUAAGGUGUUAUCCUCGUUUUGAUGAUGCCAUUAACGCCACUGUGAUCCAAACUUCGGAUCUCUCUGCCACGUUUAAAGGCCUAAAACCAUCAACAGAUUACGCGAUUCAGGUUCGAGCUAAAACGACACGUGGCUGGGGCGAAUAUACCCCUGUUAUCUACAAAAAGACACCUCACGCGAUGGGACUUGAUUACGUUGGUGAAGAUGAUAAUAUGCAGGUCAGAAUUAUCGCCGGUGCAGUCGUUGCAGUCGUCGUCCUUCUAGUUAUUAUCAUCGUCUUGACUGUUCUCUUCCUGAGAAGCAGGGCCUCAGACGAGUGUAACAAGAAACAGCCGAGCGAUUGUGACACCUUGGAAUACAGAAACGGCGAAGGACUAGUUGUGACCUACAUGCACUGCAAAAUGGACAGUUCACCGAUUGUGACAACCCAUACCAACAACAAGAGCAAGUCGUCGCUGACGACGCCGCUGUUCACGCCUGCAGUGGGAGUAACUGGAGCGGGUGCUGGAGGUACAGGUGGCACUGGUGCUAGGAGUUACGUUGAUCCUCACACCUACGAAGAUCCAAAUCAGGCAGUUCGUGAAUUUGCAAGAGAGAUUGACGCUGGAUACAUCACAAUAGAAGCCAUCAUCGGCGGUGGUGAAUUCGGAGAUGUUUGUCGUGGCAAGUUGAAACUACCACCAGAUGGUAGAACGGAAAUCGACGUGGCCAUAAAGACAUUAAAACCAGGCUCUGCUGACAAAGCACGGAACGACUUUUUAACGGAAGCCUCAAUAAUGGGUCAAUUCGAGCACCCCAAUGUGAUAUUCCUUCAGGGUGUCGUGACCAAGAGCAAUCCAGUGAUGAUCAUUACUGAGUUUAUGGAGAACGGAAGUUUGGACACUUUCCUUCGUGCAAACGACGGUAAAUUCCAAGUGCUUCAACUCGUCGGUAUGCUCCGUGGCAUAGCCAGUGGUAUGCAGUAUCUCGCUGAAAUGAAUUACGUGCAUCGUGAUCUCGCGGCAAGGAAUGUCUUAGUAAAUGCUGCUUUGGUUUGUAAGAUAGCUGAUUUUGGACUGAGCCGAGAGAUUGAAAGUGCGACAGAGGGUGCAUAUACGACUAGGGGCGGUAAGAUUCCAGUACGAUGGACAGCACCAGAAGCAAUAGCAUUCCGUAAAUUUACUAGCGCCUCCGAUGUCUGGAGUAUGGGUAUUGUUUGCUGGGAAGUCAUGUCUUAUGGUGAAAGACCAUAUUGGAAUUGGUCUAACCAAGACGUGAUAAAGUCGAUCGAAAAAGGAUACAGACUUCCAGCUCCAAUGGAUUGUCCAGAAGCAAUCUAUCAAUUAAUGCUCGACUGUUGGCAAAAAGAACGAACUCAUCGGCCUACCUUCGCCAAUCUCACUCAGACGUUGGACAAACUCAUACGAAGUCCGGACACUUUGAGGAAAAUUGCGCAGAACAGAAUCAGGGAACGGGGUGCUCCACCCCCACCCCCACCCGCCACGUCGGCAUCUUCCAACGUGCAUUUGAGAAAAAGGGGCACCAAUCCACUGGCGCCGGACGCGGUGGACUUGACGCAGUUGACCUCGGUCAGCGAAUGGUUGGCCUCAAUCAAAAUGUCUCGAUAUGCGGAGAGCUUCGAAAGGGCGGGAGUAACGACGUUGGAAGCAGCAGCUCGGGUUACCGUUCAAGAACUCACCGCACUUGGUAUCACUCUAGUGGGUCAUCAAAAGAAAAUCAUGAACAGCGUGACAGCGUUGCGAGCGCAAAUGUCUGCCACGUCUCAAAGUUUUCUCGUUUAGGAAAGGGUAAAAAGAGGAAAAAAAAGAAGGAUAAAGGAAAGAAGUAAAGCUUUUCAGCAGAGAAACGAGAUAGUCUCUAUCAUUCUCCUGCAGGAAAGCAGAAAUUUCGAGCUUUCUAUAGAUGACAAGUUGAGAUCAUCGACAUCUUCAAGAAAAGGAUAGCAACUUCUUCCUCUUCGUAUCGCGAGCGUUCGUGAAUACAAAGUUGAAUGAAAACAAGAGAUCUUUCUCUGUAUCUUGACAGAGACCAAAACAAUUUCAUUCUCGAGAUUAGAAUUAGAAAGACAUUCCAGCUUGAACAAAAUUGGCCUCUACGAAAAUAUCUCUCUCAGACAUAUGUGUAUUCUAAGAGAAAAGAAUCAACUUUUCCUCUUCGAACGAAUAUGUAUAUACAUAUAUUAUAUAUCUAUCGCGUAGGUGUCGAUUAAGAUUUGUCCUUGACAUAACACGGUGAGGAGGAACUAAGCGAAAAAAAUAUGAAACACAACUCUGUCUGUAGCUCGUGGUACAGAGAGAGAGAGAGAGAGAAAAAGAAAGAGCAAACUCGUUUUUUCAUUUUUUCGAGAAAAUCUACGAAGAAAAAUAAUCGAUCGCACUUUUUCGCUUUCUUCCUCGAUCUUGAAACAAAUCUUCACGAGAUCAUCAUCAGCUUAUACCUAAGCGUGAAAGGAACUAGCCCCAAAAGUUGUGCUGCAUGCGAUCCACUGCCUUAAAAAGCCGUUUCACGUUUUCGACUAUCUCGCGUAAAAAGAAAGAUAGAAAAAUCUUUAAAGAAAAAGAAUGCAAACGCGAGUACGUCCGACAUAAUAAUCGCAAAUAUUAUUCUUGAAAUUAUUCGAAGGAUCUGUCGUUAAAAUUGCCCGCCACGAUAUCGUAAUAGUCUUCUUCAGCUAUCUUAUUUUCUUUCUUUUUAGGUUUCUCUUCUCAUUUCAUUUUAUUUGUCUUUGUUUCUUUUUUUUAAUUUUAGUAAUUUCAAUGCGCGCGAUUGUGGAUCCUUCGUACUACAGGAUAAGAAAAGUUACGGCUUAUUGACUUUACACGCAACGGUAAAAAUACCAAUUUAAUAAUGAACAAAGAAGAAUAUAAAGGAUCGACAUUCUUAAGAAACCACUGCCUUUUUUUUACUUAUGUAUAUAUAUAUAUGUAUUUGUGUAUUUUGGUACAUACGCGUAUGUACCCUUUUGUAUACGUAGAACGACAGUCUAACUAAAUAAUUAAGACAAAUUUUUAUACGAUACUUUGACUAUUUCACGUUCAUUUAAUCGCUGAUUUCGCUGCUUCUUUUUCUUUCUUUAUUCUCUUUCCUUGUUUCGUUAAAUUGACGACAUGUCAUCAAAAAGCGAUCGUCACAUUUACCCUCGGAAUAUCAUUUUCUUCUAAAGUGAGAACAAUUAUGUCGUUUGAUAGCAAUAAAGGAAAAUUGAAGGAAGAAAAAGGAGAUUAAAAAGGUUUCAGUGAGAAAACGGCUUAUAAUUCUAAUCACAACGACGUUUGCUCGACUCGCCUAAAAAAAUAAUGACGAAAAAAAAUGUUGUUGCUUUUACAAAGUGAUCAUGUGUGAGUGUGUGCGGAUAUGAAAGAGAGAGAGAGAGAGUUUAUGUGUAUGAUAUGGGCGAGUGUGUAUCCAACGUACGAACAAAACGAGUAAUAACGAUAACGAUGAAAUAGAAAAAGAAGUAUAACGAGAUUCGAAAUUAUUGUAAAUUUUUGUGAAUGAAGGAAGGGAAAAAAGAAAGGGUGAAAGAAAAAGAUGAUAGAAGUUCUUGCCUUUGCGUUACCUAUAUGAGUAUAUUGUAUAUGCCUAAUUAAUCGGUCUGUAAAGUUGGAGGUACCUGUCGAGAGUAUGAAAAAAAAUGUGAAAGAAAUAUAACAAAA